GAGCUGUGUUCAGCAGCAGACACACAUCUGAUCCUGCAGCACACACCGCCUGUCAUUCCAUUGAUCGCAGCUUUGCUGGGAUUCUGCUUCAUGGCUAGACUACUGAAAGGCUUCAGCAUCCUUCUGAUGAGACAGAGAGGGAUGUCACCUGUCACCGGGAGCAGAGCCUGGAGCACAGCCAGGAUGGUGCACUCAGAUGCUGGAUCCCUUACAAGGUACGAUGAGACCGUUGUAUCUACUGACUGGCAAGAGAAACUGACUCCAGAGCAGUACUACGUGACUAGGGAGAAGGGGACCGAGCUGCCUUUCAGCGGCAUCUACCUGAACAGUACAGAAGAUGGCAUGUAUCACUGCGUGUGCUGCAGCUCUCCACUCUUCAGUUCAGAUAAGAAGUAUAAUUCUGGAACUGGCUGGCCCUCCUUUUCUGAAGCAUACGGAACCGUUGGGGAUGAUGAAAGCAAUACCAAUGUACUAAGACGGCCUGAUAAUUCUUUGGGGAGCAUGGGGACUGAAGUUAUUUGCAAAGAGUGUGAUGCCCACCUUGGUCACGUGUUCGACGAUGGCCCUGCCCCCACGGGCCAGAGAUUCUGCAUUAACAGUAUUGCACUGUCUUUUAAGCCAAGCUAG